AUGAUGGAAUUAAUUAAGAAAACCAAUGUCGCCACCAACGCUCAAUUAGAAACACUUUCAAAGAAAGACGUCAUUGAUGAAGAGGAGCAUGAGGUCCGCAAGAAUGUUGACAACUCCACAGUUGAACAUCCUAUUUCAAUAGAUCAAAAAACAGAUCCAUCCAACAUGGACACCAAAUCAAUUCAAACAAGUGACGAUAUGCGUUCUCGUUUUGAAAAGACAAUGAAAAUUUUCUCUUUUGUUGCAAGCUACAAGCUUAUCCUUCCCGUCUAUAUUACUGCUGCGGUAUUCAAUUUUUUGCUUUUUGUGAUAUUAGGAGGUUAUGAAUUCAGUGAAAUGGAGAAGAAUAAUCCUCCAAUAUUUGCUCGUGACCAAGGAGGACUGUUCACCUUUCAUACUGGAUGCCGUUCAAGCUGGUCCGUUAUUUACGUUCUAGUCUCAAACGUGGCUAUUUUUCUGUUUUUGGAAAUAUUGGCUUUGAUUUUAGUUGCUUUCGUUGAUAGGGAUACUUGGUUUAUUAAGAGAGAGGUGUUUAUAAUGGUUAUCAUUCAAAUAGCAACAGCGGCGACAUUCUUCAUAUGUUUUGCAGUACCUAUUAUGUCCACUUUAGUUGAUUAUAUUGUUCCAUAUGGAUUAGUUUGGAUUGUUGAAAAUUGUUUAGAAACAUUCAUUAACGUAACCCUUCCAGUGUUGUAUGCUUUUAUAUGGGACCAUAGAAAAACAAAAAUUCGACAAGAUUUGAUCAAUCAUACUGCUCUAACAUACUUUCUCUCAAAAAGGAAAACUUUCAACACGUUUUUAGAUUUUUGCAGACGAUCCUUUUGCGUUGAGAAUAUUCUUUGUUACGAAAUGAUUUGCUUGUACAAAAAGUCCUCAACCAUUAAGAACAGAAAAAAGCUUGCCGUGAACAUUUGUGAGACCUUUCUUAAACCAGGAGCAGUUCUUCAGCUUAACUGGUCCAACGUCUCGGCAAUUUAUCAAGAAAUAAGCUGUACUGUGGAAUCAGGGGUUAUAUUAGAGCAAAGCUUGUUUGAUGAAGUGCUGUUUGUAUGUUUAACCAACAUGACUGAUGCUUUCGAAAGAAUGAAAGCACAAAACGCACAAGUCAAGAGCCACAUUACUGAGUGGAUGAAUUCACAUGACCGCUCACAGCAGGUGUUGCAAGUAUAG